AUGGUGGCGGACGCGUAUCACAUGGCGGCGCCGGUGGGUGUCACAGACCACUGGUUUGGGAUUACCACUGUCCUGACAGCGGCGACGGGAGCUGAAUGUGGCCCGGGGCUGUGGAGGAUGCACGCUGCGCAAACGAAGAGUGCGGGAACCCGAAGGACGAUACAAAAAGUGCUGCAGGGGCAGUCGGGGAAGGGUGGAGUGAGGCUGCAGUCCACCUUGAUCACGUUGCAGGCUAGCUUGAAAGCUCAUGCGAGGGAGGAAAGGAAAAGGAUCGGGAAAACAUUAGCACAUCUGGAGGACAGGGUGGCUGUUUUAAGGCAGGAGUUCAUGGUGGACACCAGUCUAACUGGCAAAUAUGAUGAGCUGAUAAAAUAUGAGGCGCAGCUGAAAGCGUACAGGGACAGCCAGAGGAAACGGAAGCAGACAAUGGCUGGGGUGGGAGAGGAGUUGGAAGGAGAGAUAGCGACAAAAUUUUUAACCAGAAUGAUAGCAUCAAGGAAGGCGAAGACGGUAAUUAAGGGGGUGGUGCAUGAAGGGAGAAAGUUUGAAGGGGAAAGAGAAGUGCGGGUAGCGGCGUCAGAUUUCUUCACCAAGCUUUUCACCGACAAAACGCAAAAUGAGGCUCCGGAGGAAUGGCCGAUGGAUCCUCGGAAGGUGCUGAGCAUGGAAGGGGUGUGUCGAAUGGCUGCGCCGUGGACAGAAGCGGAAGUUAAAACGGCGAUGAGGGAGCUUCCGAGAGGCAAAGCACCAGGAGCAGAUGGGUUGCCGAAAGAGCUGUUGGAAGACAACUGGGACCUCCUGGGCGAUACGGUGAUGGAUUUCAUGAGAGAGUUUGAGUCCACGGGGAAGCUGCCGGAGAACUUCUCUACAGCUGUCACAAUCCUGCUUCAUAAAAAGGGGGAGAGAACAGAGUUAGGGAACUACAGACCGAUUACACUACUGGGAGCAGUCUAUAAGAUCGUUGCGAAGUUGCUGGUGAACAGGAUGAAGAGAGAAUUACCGCAGGUUAUCUCGGAACAUCAAUUCGGCUUCGUACCGGGCAGGAGGCUGGCAGAUGCAGUGAAGGUGGUUGCGGACACGAUUGAUGCGGCGGUUGUCGGGAAAGAGGACUGGUACUUACUAAUGGUUGAUUUUCAAAAAGCUUACGAUUCAGUGUCACGACAGUUCCUCUUCCGCACGCUGGAGAGGAUGGGCUUUCCAGAGGUUUUCAUCAAAUGGACAAGAGGUUUACACGACCAAGCGGCGACACAACUCCUAGUCAAUGGUUGGCUGGGCGAGAAAGUAGCAGUGGAGUCGGGCGUACGGCAGGGGUGCCCACUUGCACCCUACCUUUUCAUCUGCGCAGCAGAACCACUGAGCCAGGAGGCUAAGAGAAGGAAACUGGGACUGAGGAAAAGGGGGAAGGGGGAGCUGGCGUACCUAGGGUAUGCGGACGACACGACGCUGUUGCUUCAAGGCAAGGAGCAGCUUGGGAAGGCGAAGGAGUUAUUAAGUGAAUUCGGGGACAGGUCUGGGCUGCAGGUAAACCAAGGGAAAUCAACGGUGAUGCCGCUAGGAAAGAACCGACUGCUCCCUCCUCGCACAGACACGGGCUUCAGCUGGGCGGAGAGAGACAAGCCGGAAAGACUGUUAGGUAUCUGGUUAACGGCAGAUGGGAAUACGGAACCAACAUGGGAGCGAGCUCUGGUGCGGGUGAACACAAUCCUGCAUAACUGGGAGAAACUGCACCUGACCACGACGGCAAGGGUGACGGUCUUGAACGCGUAUGUGAUGCCAGUGAUCCUGUUCCAGGCGCAGAUCUAUCAGCCGCCGAAGCAGAUCUGGAAGAAGAUGAAGAAACUGUGCCAUAACUUCAUAUCGAAGGGAUGCGCGGACGAGGAGAAGCACUUCAUCCUGUGGAGCGAGUUCCUGGCGCACCUGAGCAGGAAAGAGGGGGGAUUGGGGGUGAUUAGCCCGACAGAGAGAAUCAACGGACAAGCACUAUGGAACUUGGGAGCGGCCCUGCUGGAGGAGAACCCGAUGAAGCAGUGGCUGAUGGAGAGAGCGGCAAGCAUGCCAGUGGGCUGGGCAACACUGCUGGCACACAAGGCCAUCCUCGCCGAAUGGAGAGGCGGAAGUGAACGGUGA